AUGGCAGUGGAGGUUGGCAGGCGUAGAAGGCAUCUCCACAAGCUGGAGAUGCUUGGAAACACAGACGCCAUGCUCGUGUACGGUGGGACUCUGUCUUCUACGGGGGCUACUACAUCAAACUCGUGGAUGUACAACACCACCGCCAACACGUGGACAGACACCACCGCGAUCUUCACGCAGACGGUCACUCUUUUUGCGCGACAGGACCACGAGGCUCUCUGGAUCGAACAAGAUCAGUGCAUGCUGGUCUACGGAAAGGACAACCCGGCGGACAUCGCGCCGGUGCAGUGCUUGGAUCCCUUCGUCGACAAGGCCUGGUCUGAGUGGUGGCCCUCCGGCGUGGUGGUCCCCGAUGUCCGGGGCCACACGCUCGUGUUCAACACCGAGCACAAGUGUGCACUCCUCUUCGGCGGCUGGAAGGACAGCUCUGCGACGAAUCUAUACGGCACGCUGUGGUGCUACACGCUGACGGGCAGCACGACGACGUCAACGACCACGACCGCAACGGCUACAGUUGUGACGUCGACGUCGACGACCACAACCGCCACGUUUACAACCACCCAGCAGGUGGAGAACACAUGGUUCCAUCUCGAGCCCAUCGGACGCGGCCCGGUGGGCCGGGAGAUGUUCUCCAUUGUGCUCCGCGAAUCCGACGGCGUGGUGCUGGUCUUCGGCGGGUCCGUCUUUGUUUGGGAUCCAGUUACAGGAACCCAAAACACGACGUAUUACGAUGACCUCUGGAUGUACUCGACACAGGGAAACUUCUGGUCGACGAAGACAAGUCGCCCCAUGCCGAGUUCUGGUCACAGUGCAGUCCUCAGCCCAGAUGGCCACUGUAUGCUGGUGUACGGCGGGCAGGUAGCGGAGGAGAAUCUCUCGCAGACGCUGUGGUGCUACAACAUGACGGCCGACACGUGGCAAGACACGGGCGCCGCCAAUUCUCCAGCUGCGCGGUUGGGGCACACAGCGGUCAUGGCCAACGACAACUGCAUGUACGUCUUCGCUGGCUAUCUGAGCCGUGGAAACUACACAGGCCCAGGUACGGAGGUGGUCUUGGCCAACGACUGGCAAUGCUACAAUGUCCAGACCAACGCCUGGACCGAAAUCACUCCGACCGGCGACGUUCCGCUUGAGCCCCGCUACUUCCACACAGCCGUCUUGGUCCAGGACUGCAUCUACAUCUUCGGUGGCUACAACGCCAGCUACGGGAUCUUGUCCGAACUGGGGUGCUUCAACAUCACCCGCCGCGACUACACGCUGCUCGAGGACCCGGGCACGGCACGAACAAGUCACGGUGCAGCAUGGGCGCCUUCCUUCGACUGCAUGAUCGUCUGGGGCGGGCUGGGGGCUCCCUCGGCCUACGGGGGCUUCAUGGCCGUGAAUGACGGAAGCACCGUCCAGUCCUACAACUACAAGGAGGGCGUCUGGGAGCGGCGAGACGUCACGUCGCAGUCCCCGUACCCACGGGCCGGCGUCCGGGCCGUGUACGUUCCACAGUGGGACGCGCAGCUGUUCUUCGGGGGAGGGGCGUGCUCCGGCUCGCAAUGUGAAGGUAUGAAACUGACUUCUGGGUUUUCGUGCCCGGGGCAGCUUGGCCUGAAAUGCCUGCAGCAGGAAGCCCGGGGAGCCUUCAGCCAGACUCUAAGCCCGGGGCUGUGGGUCAAGGGCGUGUGGGCAACGGGCCCGAGUCGGGAGCCGUACGUCAAUCGCCUACAGCUGAACCGUCGUGGGGCUGCUGAGGGCUUUCAGGUGUAG